AUGGAGAAGGAAGUAGGGCUACUCGAAGCUGGGGUUGUUAACCAGCCACUACCUUCAGAGGAGGAGAUGGAGGAAGCUUCAAAAAGGAGCACUCUGGCAAUAUCGGAUCCUAAGGAAACUGCUCACGUAGAAUCCUAUGAGGGACCCUCCAGAGCUGCUUUGGAGGAAGUAGUGGCGGAGAAGCAGCCUGAAAUGGUUGAGAAGAAGAAGAAGAAGAAGAAGAAGAAGAAGAUCAAGGAGAAGAGGGCUAAAGGGGAUGAGGAAGCCUAUCUAAUCAAGAAGAAAGAAAGAAAAACGAGUGAAACGAAGGAAUGCAGGCGGGAGGAGAAUCGCCUAAAGAAGAAGGGAGAGAAGAGAAAGAGGGCUGAGAGCCCAGAAAUUGGCAGAGAAUCAACCACCACAAGGGUGGAUGAGAGGGUGUCAGCACGACAAAAAGAAUCAGCGCAACCUGAAGAGGAAACAACGCAAAUAAGAAUGAUCGUGACUGAUGAUGGAGAAGAUUCAGACAUCACCCCCCCUUAUGCGGCGUCGCAAGGCUCAACAAUUGACCUGCCAAUUUUGCAAAGUGCAGUAGAGGAAAAGGAGAGAAGAAGAAGAGAGGAGGAAGAAAAGCAAGAGAAAAUGUUGCGGGCACAACAGAUCAUCGCAGAAGGCGAUUUAAGGAGAAAAUUACAUGGUGAGGAGGUGCACUACAACAACGCAAUCUCGGUAGAAGAGGAAAGAAUAAGGCUCGAGGAAGAACAAAACAUAUUGCUGGUCUCAGAGCAAUUUGAAAGAGAAUUUGACAGAGAAAUGAGAGUAGAGGAAGAAGAAGAAAAGAAGAAGAAGGAAGAGAAGGAGAAUAGGCACCAAGCAAAUGUUCAGCGCAUUCGAGAAAAGAAAGGCAAAGAAAUUGUAGAGUGGGAGAAGGAAGUACAAUGCAAGGAAAGGGAAAGGAAAAAAAAACAAAGAUCCCGCCUUGCAUUGACAAAAGAGAAGGGCAAAGCAGUAGCAGAAAGCAGUGAGCCUGCGUUGGCCAAGGGUCGCCCAUCAAAAAAGAAAGAAAAUGACGAUAUGAUGAUGGAGAUGGGGUUCUUCCCGGCGCCAACAACACUAUUGGACUUAAUCACAAGUGUUGUAUUGGAACAUGAAUGA